CACCACCAGCCUCAGCAGCAGCAACCACAGCAAGGAGACAUGAAUGGAAAAGCCAAGCAUGAAUCCAAUUCAAGUAGGAAGGAGAGGCCCCAGAAGAGAGGUGGAGGCGGGCGCUUCGAACCCUAUGGAAGUGCAAACAAGAGAUACCGUGUUUUUGUCAGCAACAUCCCAUAUGAUGUGAAAUGGCAAGCCCUGAAAGACCUGAUGAAAGAGAAAGUGGGUGAGGUAACGUACGUGGAUCACUUAUUGGACGCAGAAGGCAAAUCGAGGGGUUGUGCCGUUGUUGAGUUUAGGACUGAAGAGCUAAUGAAGAAAGCAGUGGAGAUGGUCAACAAGCAUAACCUUAAUGGACGACCCCUAAAAGUGAAGGAGGACCCUGAUGGUGUGAUUGCUCAAAGAGAAAUCAGUAAGUCACAAGGUGGAGGCCCUCCAGGAGGCCAUGGCGGAAUGGGUGGAAUGGGCGGAAUGGGUGGAAUGGGGGGGAUGGGGGGAAUGGGAGGGAUUGGAGGAAUGGGCGGAAUGGAUCGCAUGAACAUGGAUCGAAUGGGCCCUGGACCAAAUGGCCCCAUGGUCAACAUUCCUCCGAGCCUGAUGAACAACCCUAACAUUCCCAACGAGAUCAUCCAUGGUCUUCAGGCUGGCAGGAUUGGCAGCACCGUCUUUGUGGCUAAUCUUGACUACAAAGUGGGCUGGAAGAAGCUGAAAGAAGUGUUCAGCAUGGCAGGCAUGGUGGUGAGGGCUGACAUUCUGGAGGACAAAGAUGGGAAAAGCAGAGGCAUGGGCACAGUAACAUUCGAUAUGCCCAUUGAAGCAGUGCAGGCUGUCUCUAUGUUCAACGGGCAGCUGUUAUUUAACAGGGUUAUGCAUGUCAAACUGGAUGAGAAGUCCCUGCCCAAAGAUUUUGGACCAGCUGACAGAGCUGCUGCCCUUCCCCGUGGCCUAAGUGGUAUUGGUUUGGGCCUGGGUCCUGGUGGCCAGCCCAUUGAUGCUGCUCAACUCAACAGAGGAGGUGGUGGAGGCAUUGGUAACAUGGGCCCAGGAGGAAUGGAUGGAAUGGGCUUUGGCAACGUUGGCGGUCGUAUGGGAGGAGGAAUGGAGAACUUUAGCGGAAUGAACAACAUGGAUCGUUUCGGUUCUUCAGGAAUGGGUAGAAUGAAUGAGAUGGACCGUGGGAUUGGUGGUGCUUUUGACAGGGAGUUUGGGCGAAAUGAAAUGGGAAUGUCUCGCAAUAAUUUUGGAGAUUCCUUUGAAAGAGGAAUGGGAAACUCCCUGGGUAUGGACCGCAUGAACUCUGGAAUGGACCGCCUGGGAGGCAGCAUGGACCGCAUGGGAGGGAUGGACCGAAUGGGCAUGGAUAGGAUGGACCGCGUGUCUGACCUGGACAGAUUGGGUUCUGGUUUUGACCGGAUGGGCUCUGGAAUGGACCGGCUGGGGCCCAAUAUGGACAGACUAGGACCUGGCCUGGACCGGAUGGGCUCCAAUGUGGAUCGCCUCGGCCCAACUGGGUUUGACCGCUUAGGCCCAUCUGGUAUGGAUCGGAUGGGGUCUGGCAUUGACUUUGGUUCCCCGAUGAAUAUGGAUCGCAUGGGCAAUACUGGGCUUGACAGAAUGACCAGCAGCUUCGACCGCAUGGGCUCUGCUGGAGGACUCGAUCGCUUCCCCUCUGGUGGCCUCGACCGCAUGAGCUCUGGCAUGGACCGGAUGGGAUCUGGAGGUGUUGGUGGCCAGUUUGAUCGGUCUGCUGACUUGGAUCGUGGCUUUGGUGGUAAUUCCUUUGGAGGAGCUGGAGGGCCUGGAACCGGGGGAGGCAAUGUCAGGAAGGGCUGCCAGAUCUUUGUCAGAAAUCUGCCAUUUGACUUCACCUGGAAGAUGCUGAAGGACACCUUCAAUACAUGUGGUAUGGUCCAGUAUGCUGAUAUUAAGAUGGAAAAUGGCAAGUCCAAGGGCUGUGGUGUGGUCCGCUUUGAUAACCCUGAAACUGCUGAGCGUGCCUGCCGAACCAUGAAUGGCUAUCGGCUGAGUGGCCGCGAGAUUGAUGUUAGGAUUGAUAGAAAUGCAUAAGUUGUGUGUUGCUUCUCACAUUUGAUUUAGUCCCUAUUGUCCAAACACUCUGUAUCAUCUGAAUCAGCUUUCAACAUAUUCAUAUUAUAUUCACUUGGUUUGUUAGAUAUUUGUAACAUUGAACAUGUUAGUUGGUAAUUUGUAACCAUGAAAGUGUUGUUUUAGUUCUAGCUUGAAAUUUUAAUUUUUUUUUUAGAGACCAAAUUUUAAUUUUCUUUCUGCUGUGCUUCACUUGUCAUUACCUU